AUGCCCGAUCGGGAGAAAUCUGGCAAGGUGAGACACGGCUCAACGACGAGCUCGACAGGCGCCACGAAGGGCGACGAUGACGCCAAGAAAGGCAAGCACGCCCAUCGAAGUGACGCUGCACACGAAGUCACAGUCUCCAAGGCGAGGGAGAGUCUGAACCUGCUACAUCACGGUAUCAAGCCGUCGCUGCACCUAGCCAAGCGGAGAGGUACCAACGAGACCGAGACUACCAGCAAACUAUAUAUGAAGACCUUCCAGCAUCAGGACGAGAUCGCCACUGGAAGGACCUUCCCCGAGCAUAUCGCACAGACGCCGAGGAUGGUGACUCGGAGGGUGCUGCAGGUCUCAGCCGCAUGUGCUGUGCUCGUAAUGAGCCUGUUGUUGACCAUCACUGCUUACCUGUUUCUCUCCAGUACGCUCUGGACAUCAUUAAAAUACUGCGACUCUCGACAUUGCGCAGACCUCGCCAAGAGACUUGCGGACUCGAUAAACACCAGCGCGGAUCCGUGCGACGACUUUUACUCUUUCGUCUGUGGCCGUACUUACGUGACAUCCGUUCUCGACCAUGCGAACGAAAAGGCGACGCAAGACCAGCUCGCGGAGCUCGCCCACGACGUUUGGCACGUUGGGAGAGCAAGCCGCCUGUACCAUAAGUGUCUGGAACCCGAACCAAAGGAGAGAGCCGCCAAUAUUCGUGCAAUAAAGAAACUUUUGAGAAAGUUAUCGCUUCGCUGGCCUAAAGAACAGCCACUCCCAGGCGACAGGCAUCCGAUGGACGUGAUGCUUGAGAUGGCUAUCAAGUGGGACAUCAACUUUCUGUUCGGUUUACAAGCCAUCGACAGUCAUGUCACUGGCAAAGUAUUGGUCUUUCGCAAAGCCCGUCCUACCGCUGCAUGGGUAGAUCGCAUUGAGAAUCCCUUAAGCUUAGCCGAGUACGCACGGCAUGUCGAACACCACCUGAAGAUCAUUGAGGCGUCGAGCAAGGUAAACCACGCCAUCCUGAUGCAGUUAGAAAGGUCGUUCACCGAAGCCAUACUAAACACGUCGCGCGAGCAAUCGUGGCUCACUCUAAGUAAGUUCGACAGCAAGACAGCGUCGUUAGGGAAAGGCAUUCUUGUAAAAUACAUCCGCCUUCAUUAUAAUAAAGAUCAGUUGAACCACUCAUGGGCUUCAGACGACUGGGCAGUACUUGAAGACGCCAAUGCCCUGACAAACAUCGACAAACUCUUCGAGAAACACACUCGGGAGCAUCUUCUGAUCGGUAUUGCGUGGCUGUUCAUCCAAUCUCACCUGUGGGCGGUCGCCGGUGAGCCAGAACUCAUGUUUCGCAACGACAUCGACGAGAAAAAGAAGCACGCCUGCCUGGAGUACGUGAACUCGCGCUUAGGUCUUCUCACCUCCGCCAAGCAUUUAACGCAGCUCUUUCCGACGUCGGAGUCCCGCCAGGAAGUCUCGGAUUUCUUGCUCAGCCUCAAGAGCGAACUCAAGUCGCUGGCCGAGAAUGCCCGGUGGAUAGACCUCGAGACCCGAGAGAUGGCAAAGCGCAAGAUUGACCGCGUCGCCCUGAACGUCCUGCCGGCCGAGCAGUUCUUUGCGCCUCUACAGCGCGCAUUGCUUUACGAAGCCUUUCCAUCCAUGAACGAUUCGGUGUUCUUCGAGAGCUGGCUGAAGGUUUCGAGCACGUACCAGGCACUACAGAGCCACAAGCACUUCCGGGAUGUGUACAGCAAGAGGCGGGUAUUUGGCCAGGAACCGCUGUCGUACAAUUACUUACUCAGCGUCGUCGACGCCGCGAUGGUGGCGCUCGAACCACCGAGAUACUAUGUUGGAGCGCCCGUCGUCAUCAAUUACGCUGGCGCGGGGACGCUGUUCGCCCUCGAGAUUUCCAAAAGCUUCGACGAGCUCGGCACGACCGUGGACAGCCGUGGCGAGACCGUACGCUGGUGGGGCAGAGCUCAGUCGACCGACUACGACCGUCGCCUGUCUUGUGAUCUCGGCAAACACGUGACGAUCCCUCUCAUUCCCACGAUACCGGCGCUGGAGGCGUCGUACUCGGCGUACAAGACAGCUGUCUCCCGGGAGGCGGACGCGCGCGGUGUCCGUAGAGAAGUCGGGCUUCGUGGCCUCGACACUUACAGCGAAGAGGAGAUAUUCUUUAUGACUUAUUGUUACGCGCUGUGUGGUGGGAAAGGCAGCACGAGGUCGCAAGAAAAGUGCAACGUACCGCUCAGGCACUCCUCGAAGUUCGCCGAGGCGUUUCGCUGUCCUGAAGGUUCGAAAAUGAACGCUUUGAAAAAGUGCACGUUCUUUUCUUGA